GGGCGGGGCUCCGGUUCGUGAGACGUACGUGUGCUUCACAGCCUUUAUAGCGCUUAGCCUCCGACACUAACCUAACGCUGAAGCUGGAGCCUGAAUCAUGGUGCUGCUUGAAAACGAUGCGUUUCUCACAGAGCUCACACGACUGUUCCAGAAGUGCAGAACAUCUGGCAGUGUUGUCAUCACGUUAAAGAAGUAUGACGGGAGGACAAAGCCGGCGCCCCGAAAGGGCCACGCAGAGUCGUUUGAACCAGCAGACAACAAAUGUCUCAUCAGAGCGUCUGAGGGCAAGAAGAAAAUUAGCACAGUGGUCAGCACCAAAGAAGUAAUCAAGUUUCAAAUGGCAUACUCCAAUCUCCUAAGAGCUCACAUGGAUGGACUUAAGAAGAAAGAUAAGAAAAGCAAAAGCAAGAAAACCAAAGCCACCCAAUGAGAAACAGACUCUGUAACAUAACCAUGGGUACCUAAACUGGCCUGUACGAUCCUAGGGAACAGCAAAGGCCUCCACUUGGUCUGGUGCUGCACCCUGCUUUCGACCCAUUCACCUGAGGCCCUCGGAAUCACUGUUCAUCCAUCCGGUGACUGCUUCAAUAUUGUGCCAUUGUCUGCAUGGUAAUGUCUCAUCCCUGGCAGUUUGGUGCCAUGCGAAGUCUGGAACAGAAAACCUGAGGAUUUCUCGUAACUUGUACAGGACGAAGCAAGUCAACUUAACUGAAUCUCCAGGUCAACAGCAGCUGUGUCACCUCUGGAGCCAAAUCCAUGGAGCCCAAUAAUUACCUGCCUUUCAUACUAUUUAAUUGUUAGAGUCCAUAUUUAUGUUUUAAUUUACGGCUGACCUGCAAGCUGUUUUGCCAUGUUUCAAUUUGGCCUUGUCUCAAGAAGAAUUAAUUGAAAUUUGUAUGUUUUUUUUUUGUUUGUUUAUAAUUGAAUGAGCGAUGAAUUUACUGUAAAGUUGCUUUAAAAAACAGAACUGAAUAAGGGCAGAUUUGAUGUAUUUUUUUUUUUAUAAAAACAGUUUUACUGUAUUAGACUUGAUAUUGGAGAUGAAAAAUUACUUUAUUCAAUGAUUUUAUUUUACCUCCCGAAGCACAAUGAAUAUGAUUUUUUUUAUUUUCUUUUUAGUUUCAUACCAAGCUAUAAAACAGACUGUCUGUCUUAAAUUGUUAAACCCGAACAAAACAAAAUGUGUAGUUUCAGUUAUUGUGGGUAAUUGAAAUGUGAAUUAGAUUUCUGAAUGAUGACAUGACAAAAAAAGUUUGUUUGUAAGUUGUAGAUUUUAUUGAAAGGCAUGUUUAAGUUAUGAAUGCAGAGACGACGUUUUGUCUGUGAUUCUAAUAAUGUACUUUCUGUUAAUCACAAUUGCAAGGCAGGUUUAACUACAGCUGGUAUAUAUCGUCAGCCUAUAAUAUCAUGCUCCCAGGUCCUGAUCUCAUGGACGAGGACUGCAGCAGAAGUUCAGAAAUAAAGUGCGCUGUCGAAAGUCA